AUGAGACAGUACAAUUUUACACCGGAUCGAAUAAUAAACUUAGACGAAACAGGCAUAAGCACAGUUCUUUCUACUCCUAAAGUUAUUGCUGGAAGAAAACAAAAACAGGUGGGACAAAUAGUUUCUGCAGAACGCGGAGAGUUAGUUACUUUCUGUGGUAUUAUUACUGCUACUGGUUCUUCUCUUCCUCCAGUUUAUGUCUUUCCAAGAGUUCACUACAAAGAUCACUUCCUAAAUGGAGCUCCUGAUGGAAGUCUAGGGUUGGCAAACAGAAGCGGCUGGAUGACAUCAGAAUUGUUUAUAAGAGUUUUGAAACACAUUCAACGCCUUACUUCGAGCAAUAAAGAUAACCCAAUUCUAAUCAUUUGUGACAACCACGAAUCGCACAUUUCAUUAGAAGCUGUUAUCUACUGUCGUGACAACGGUAUUGUUUAUUUGAGUCUGCCCCCACACACGUCACACAAAUUGCAACCGCUUGAUGUCAGUGUGUUCGGACCCUUCAAAAGCAAAUUGAAGAUAGCUUUGAACGACUGGCACAUUCAAAAUGUUGGAAAGACUUUGACCAUAUACAACAUUGCUGAACUGUCAAAAUUAGCAUAUUUGGAAUCACUUACACCAAAGAAUAUCAUAGGUGGUUUUUCCAAACCUGGAAUUUGGCCAAUUAAUAAACUGGUAUUUGGCGACGACGACUUUGCACCGAUAGACAUUUUCAGCACAGGUUAUCACGAUUUGACAGAUGAGAACACUCACAAAACACAAGAUUUACAUUUUGUAGACUCGGAAACAAGACAAAAUAAUGAAGUUGUUGAUAGAGAACAAAAUAAAACUCCUACUUUGGAUACCGACCCAAUUUCAGUGCCUGAUGCUGACGAUUCUCUACAUGUUUCUUCAUCACAGGCUAUGCUUACUCCUGACGUAGUUAGACCUUAUCCAAAAAAGGCGAUUAUUGACAGUGUCUUAAAAAGAAAAGGAAGAGAAAAGGGACGAUCAAGAAUAUACACUGACACACCAGAAAAAAAUAGAUUAGAAAGCUUACGUAAUGAAAAGAACAGGAAAAGAGAAUUACAAAAAGCAAAACCGCAUGCAAAAGAAUUGAAAACAGCGAAAAAUCUGUUGGGGUUAACUGAGCCAAAAAAGAAAAAGAGAGUAACUUCUUUGCCUGCAGAAAUAGAUUCCGAUUCUAGUCUAGAUGAAGUCGUGAUGACGAGUGAUAGUGAAGACAUUGAAAUGCUAUCGGAAUCAGAAGAAGAG